AAUAAAAUUGUCACAGCCUCAGACAUGGGCUUUGCCAGGCUUGCACAUGCAAAGCUUUCCAACCUGCUGCUGCUGCUGCUGAGUGUGGUAUCCUGUUCCGCUGCUGCUCAUGGGGGUGAGCCCAGCCUGGGCAAGAGGGCCUUGCUUCACUAUGAACAUGAUUCCAGUGGUGCUGUUGACUCUUCUGAAGACAUGAGGCUACAUGUUUUCACACUGGACUAUGACUAUGUGCAAAUUCCCUAUGAAGUUACCCUUUGGAUCCUCCUUGCCUCUUUUGCAAAAAUAGGUUUCCACAUCUUUCACCGAUUACCAAAACUUAUGCCUGAAAGCUGCAUCCUGAUUGCCAUUGGAGCACUAGUAGGAGCAAUCAUCUUUGCUUCCCAUCACAAAUCUCCACCAGUUAUGGACAGUAGUAUUUACUUCUUGUAUCUGCUCCCACCCAUAAUUCUGGAGGAGGGUUAUUUCAUGCCAACUCGACCAUUUUUUGAAAACUUUGGAUCCAUUCUGUGGUGGUCUGUUCUGGGAGCUCUGCUAAGCUCAUUUGGGAUUGGCCUCUCCCUCUAUGGAGUCUGCCAGAUCGAAGCCUUUGGCCUGAGAGACCUGAGCCUGCUGCAGAACUUGCUCUUUGGCAGCAUGAUUUCAGCAGUGGAUCCCGUGGCAGCUCUGGUGGUUUUUGAAGAAGCCUCUGUUAAUGAGCAGCUUUACAUGAUGAUCUUUGGAGAGUCACUGCUGAAUGAUGGCAUAACUGUGGUUUUAUACAACAUCUUCAUUGCCUUCACCCAGAUGCACAGGUAUGAAGAAAUUGAAUCCAUCGAUGUCUUUGCUGGCUUUGCUCGCUUCUUCGUGGUGGGGCUGGGUGGAGUCUUGUUUGGCAUCGUGUUUGGAUUUGUCUCAGCAUUCAUGACUCGUUUCACCCGCAACGUCUCUUCCAUCGAACCCCUGCUGGUCUUCAUGUUCAGCUACCUCUCAUACUUGUCUGCUGAAACCCUUUACAUCUCUGGCAUUUUGGCGAUGACAGCAUGUGCAGUGACAAUGAAAAAAUACGUGGAGGAGAAUGUUUCCCAGAAUUCUUAUACCACAAUAAAAUAUUUCAUGAAGAUGCUAAGCAGCAUCAGUGAGACCCUGAUUUUUGUGUUCAUGGGAGUGUCUACAGUGGGGAAAAACCAUGAAUGGAACUGGGCCUUCAUUUGCUUCACUCUGUUCUUCUGCCUCAUUUGGCGGACACUGAGUGUGUUUGCUCUCUUCUACAUCAGUAACAAGUUCCGAACAUAUCCGUUCACCUUCAAAGACCAACUCAUUAUUUCUUACAGUGGCCUCCGAGGAGCCAGCAGCUUUUCUCUUGCAUUCUUGCUUCCAGUGAAUCUUUUCCCCAGAAAAAAACUAUUCAUCACUGCGACCAUUGUGGUUAUAUAUUUCACUGUGUUCAUCCAAGGAAUCACAAUUGGACCAUUGGUCAGAUAUCUGGAUGUUAAAAAGACAAACAAAAAGGAAUCUAUCAAUGAAGAAAUUCAUGUGCGAUUGAUGGAUCACUUGAAGGCUGGUAUUGAAGACAUAUGUGGACAUUGGAGUCAUUAUCAGCUGAGAGAUAAAUUUAAGAAGUUUGACAAUAAGUAUUUGAAGAAAAUUUUAAUUCGGGAACAUCAGCCCAAAUCCAGCCUUGUGUCAUUGUACAAAAAGAUGGAGAUAAAAUUGGCCAUCGAGAUGGCCGAGAGUGGCAUGAAAAUUUCAAAACCAUCCACUACUUCUUUACAGAGCGGCAGGAACCAGCGUGCACACAGGCUGUCCCCGGCAGAGGUGGAGGCCAUGCGGGAUGUCCUGGCACACAACCUGUACCAAGUGCGACAAAGGGCACCAGCAUACAACAGGCACAAUCUUCCUACUGAGACAAGUGAGAAACAAGCACAAGAAAUCCUCAUCCGUCGGGAGCACAGCCUGAGGCAAAGUUGCAGGAAGGGAAACAGCUUGCCUUGGGGUAGACAGGUUAAGACCACAGAAAUACGCUACCUCUCCUUGCCUCAGGGUCCACACCAGCCCACUAGAAGAAAAGCCAGGCAUGUCACUUUUACAGAUCAGCAUAGGAGUGGCUCUGAUGCUGCAUUGCCAUUAACAUGGAGGCCCCAGCCCCAGCUACGGCCGCUGGAAGCCAAGCAGCGCCAGGAGCUGAUUCCAAUGGCACACCUGGGCAGACGAGCUGCUCCAUCCAACCCGCCAGCUCGAAGAGGAAAUCCAAUCAGGCCUCAUCGUUUCACCAGAGCAGACAAUCCAGCUUCACUGCCAAAGGCUCGCUUCACUGUCAGAGAAGUGGAGGAGUAUGAGUCAGAAGAAGAGACAGAAACAAUGGCACCAGCCAGGCCAUUAGUUAUAUGA